CAUUUCGAACCGAUGUGGCUAAUUGCCUUAUCUUGUCCCUUUUGUGGACAUCAAAAUUCAGCAACCUCACAAUCUCUCAAAUUUCCACUCCACUCACUAAUAUAACAUUACCCAGAGAUUUGUUUCUGAGAAUUCCCCUCCACUCUCUGCUCCAACCAUGGCGUCCUCCACUCUAUCUUCUGCAACUCCUUCUCAGCUAUGCGCCAGCAGGAGUGCGCUGUUCUGUUCCUCUCAAGCUCUUUUGAGGAAACCCAGAAUGACCCAAAUGGCGGGGAAGGAGAAGGUAGUUAAAAUCUCGUGUCAAGCCACUAGUAUUCCGGCUGAUCGAGUGCCCGAUAUGGGUAAAAGGAACACCAUGAAUCUGCUUCUUCUGGGUGCAAUUGCGCUUCCCACUGCUACCAUGUUGUAUCCUUAUACCUAUUUCUUCGUCCCUCCUGGUUCUGGAGGUGCUGGUAGUGGAGUUGUUGCCAAGGAUGCACUUGGAAAUGAUGUUCUUGCAACUGAAUGGCUUAAGGCGCAUGGCCCGGGAGAUCGAACCCUUACACAGGGGUUGAAGGGUGACCCUACCUACCUUGUCGUCGAGAAGGAUAAAACGCUUGCGACGUAUGGAAUCAACGCAGUUUGCACUCACCUCGGUUGUGUCGUGCCAUGGAAUGCAGCUGAGAACAAAUUCAUCUGCCCUUGCCAUGGAUCCCAAUACAACAAUCAAGGCAGGGUCGUUAGAGGACCUGCACCUCUGUCUCUUGCAUUGGUUCAUGCUGAUGUGGACGACGGGAAGGUAGUGUUCGUCCCGUGGGUCGAAACCGAUUUCAGAACUGGCGAAGAUCCAUGGUGGGCUUAAGCCUCCUCCUCAUGUAACAUCUCUCUACAUCUAUAUCUUCAGUUUGAAGCAAUAUUUUUUCCCCAUCACCUCUCAUUUUUAUCCUGUUGUAUAUUUUGGAUGAAAUAUGUAAGAUAGAAGACAAUUGAAUCCUAGCCUUGUGUUUAUAAGCUUUGAUAUCAAGUACCACUUUUUUUCUCUGC